AUGAAAUGCUUGAAAGUGGACGAAUACAUCAAGCGGACCUCUUCUGUUGAAGAAACGGGGCUUUUAUACGAAGAAUUGAAGAAAUAUGUAAAAAGUAAACCUGGACUCCAGGGUCGCACACUGUGUGACAGGGUCAUCAGAGCCUGCAACCAUCAACUUGGAGGUGGAUCAUGUCCCCUUGAUCACAUCAGUGUGUUGGUAAAGCUGGUUGAGCUUUCUCUUCGUGGCUAUGAUCUUUCUGCAGAACUUGCAGCUCAAAGCAGUCCGUUAUACAUGGAAAAGAUAAUUUUCCAUAUUGUCAAGAAGCUAAGCUCCCUAGAGGUCCACACUCUUUGCAGCCAUGUUGCUGCAUUGCUUUACAACAGGCUUUCCGCAGUGAAGCAGGUUCAAGAGGAUUACUUUGCUUUUGUGCGGAGCUGCUUCUCUGUGCUUUGGAGUGGACUAUCUGCUGCCAAAGACAAAAAAAUACUGAAUCCUCAGCUCAAACUGCACUGCCGGAUACAAGCUUUGAGCUUCGUCUUGUUGCUGGACACAGAAAAUGCAGUUUCCACUUUUUCUAAAGCUUCAAUAUACACAGAGGAUGCCAUCACUGAAUUUGAAAAUGGAUGUGAGACUGUGACCAAGGAGGAUGCUUCUUUUCUUUUCCAGGAAAUGCAGACACUUUUUAAAAGAUGUUUUUCUGGUGAGCAAAGCUGUAAGAGGGAGGCCUUCAAGCAUGAAACAUCAAGUUUUUAUGUGUUUUCUGAGAUGGUGCUGCUUACAGUCAAGACUGUUUGUAAGGCUAGCUUCCACAGUCUAGCCUUUACCUUCUUGAAUGAUAUGGAGAGCAAGAUCUUGGACUGGGUUGGCCCUCAGUGUAUACCGCUGGUGCUAGGCAAAUGGGGAGUAAAAAUUCAUGCAGCGUUAAAGGCUGACAAAGAGAGUGGUCAGGCUUUGACGGAAUGUGCUCGGGCUUUGAGGUCGAUCUCAGCUGAUCUGGGUAACCAAUGGUGUCACGCAAUUCUUGAAGGCUGUAGUCUAGUGGUGUGGGCUGUUGAAAAUGGACACAAUAAGGGAGUGAGUGGACCAGAACUUCUAGCUGUGUUUUCAUUUCUUGAGGAGUACCAUGAAUGGAUAACAAAAAUACGAAACAAGAAUUCAACAUGCCAGGCUGAGGACAGCCGUCUGCAGCAUACUCUUUGUUCUAGUAUUUACCAAGGUUUUGUAUUUGCUUAUGAAAGCAUGCUUGCAUCACAGCUGGAGAGCAGUGAGACUCUGGACAGAGUUCUGCUCUACUGCCGGGCCACAACUGGACUGUUGAUGACAGAACUUCACAAGUUGUCUAACGAGAAUCUGCUCAACAAAUCAGUGAUUGCUGUGAGCAACUUGGCUUGUGGCCUGUACAACAGACGCCUGUAUGAGCAGGCCUUCACACUGGUUGAAAUCCUCUGCAGGGAUCUAUGCAAGAAUCGUCCCGUCUCACUGUCUGUUGAUAGAUUAAGUCGCCCGUUCAUGCUGGCUGUGCAAACUUCAAGACGAGCUGACAAGUUGGAACGAGCCCUGGAGUGGGUGAUCCUGUGGCUGAAGGCUCUUGGGAACCAGGUCACAACUCAAAUGGCUGAACCAGUCUUGCUUUGGGUGAAGACUAAGAGUGAUGCAGCCCAAAAUGACAAUGAGGACAUAAGACUCAGGACAUUACGGGACGGGUUUGGCUCUGAUGUCCCUGAGGAGAGAGUAAUGCUUUGCCUUUUGGAGGAAGAGUUGCAUGCCUAUAAGGAGUUGGCCAGAGACACAGCACAAGAGCGUUACAACACCCUCUGUGAUCUGCUGGACAUCUGCCAUGAGGAGAGUUCUUACACUCAUCUGCGUGCUGUCUACCUCUAUGAAAUGGCCCAAGUGGUGUGCUUCCAGGACUUUAGUGAACAAACUGACUGCAUGGCAAUUGAUUUUACCUACGAAGCUUUACGGCUUCUUGAAGAAGAACCAGAGACGUCGGAGAACGUUGACAAACUGAAGGAUGACAAAGCACAUGCUUUACUCUGGCUUUAUAUCUGCACUCUGGAGAAAAAUCUCCAGAAGGCUAUCGAGAGCGACAGAAAACAAAGAGAGAUGUGUGUGAAGACACAGUGUGUGGCUAAUCUUGUGGGCAACAAUGAUUUUGACUAUGAAGACAAACGGAAGACACAGGACAGUAAUUUGGUCUAUGAAGGCCUUCAGUUUAACCUGGCAGCAGAAAACAAGUUGUGUGAGCCUUUGGAAAGAGCUCUGAAUGAAUGGGCUGCUCUCUUUAAGAAUCAAGCCCUGCCUUCUGUCAGGAACGCUAAGCAAACUUGCAACUCCAUUUCUGUGGCUGCAGCUCUCUUCAGUCUUGUGGGAAAGCCUUUGAAGGCUUUAGAAGCUUACCAGCUCGGGAUUCACUUUUCACGUGGGCUUGCUGAUGUUCGGAGCUGUGCUAGCUCUCUCUGUCAGUCAGCCAGCAUCCUCCUUGAUUUGGGCACCCCAGAACUGGCUCUGGCUCAAUUGGAAGAGGCAGAAAAAAUCCUAUCUUCAGAUACCACAGAUGAUGGACCUUCAUCUCUUUUCAUGCUGGUGGUCUUAUUGAAGGCUCAGUACUUCUACAGCAUAGGACAGAUUAGCUCUGGACUCCCUCUUCUAUGUGGAGUUCUUACAAAAGUAAGUGAGCAGAAACAGUCAAAGAGCUGGUACCUGCUGCACGCUCGGGCUCUUCAGGUCUGCAGCUCCUAUUUGAAUCUGGACGCAGCUCAACUGCCUCAAGUCCAGCGAAGCCUCAUCACACAACACGGUACAAAGACCCCAGAUUCUGCCCUUUACCAGAGUUUGAAGCUUCUCUGCAGCUUGCUGGUCACUUUAGUGGGAAGGGGCCUUUAUGGGAAUCAUAGCAAUGGCUCAGAUGUGCGCUUUAUACACCACGGUGACAACCUGGUGCUGAAGUGGCAGUUGCUCUCAGAGCUGCUGAAGUGUUCUGUAAAGAUGGUGGCUGUGCGGAGAAGUUGUGGCAUCAUCAAUGACGCCAGGCUUCAGUGCCUCGAAGCCCUAAAACUAGCCAUCAAGCUCCAGGCGCUAAGCCAGUAUGUACAUGUACACGCUAAGAUAUGUGCAGAACUACUGGUGAUUAAAGCAGAGUUGGAGCUGAUGCAGGGGGAGAGAGAGGAGAGUAGAAGUGACUUGAACAUUGUCAGAAAUCUUCUGGAGAACAGCACAGAUUUUUCUGAUCAGGUUCAGAGAGCAGAUCUGAAAAUAAAACCAAGAAAAGGUCGUCCAGCUCAGAAAGCUCAUUCUCCCCUUCCAACCAUGGAAGAUGAUCUGAAGGACAUUCUGAGCACCAGGUGGAUUCCCCAAGAACCUGUAAUGAAGGAUGUGUCCAGCUCCCCACCACUAAAAGCUCUGCCUCACCGCUUGCUGUCCUCCCUGACCCAUGAACCCGACUGUCCAUUUUCCUGCUGCUCUGAGCCCUGCUUGGCUCGCGCCACUGCUCGCUGGGCAGCCGCACAGGCUGAUCUGGUUCAUCUGGAUCCAUGUGAUCUCAAUGUCAGUCCCACGCUUCAUAGGGCAACUUUAUUACGCUGCAAACGAGUUACCAUGAGGCUUGAAGAAAAAUUGGCCACGCUGUUCCCUCCCUGUAACCCUGGCAGGAAGAUCUCUAAACCCUCCCUGAUGCAGGAUGUGGUGGGUCGUGUGUACUUGAGCAUGGCUAUGUCUGGGCUGCAAACAAAGUCCAAUAAGUUCUGUAGUAUCUGGAAAAUACUUGAAGCUGGUUUAGCUUAUGUAGAUUCCACCUCCUCUCCUGUCUUAAGGCCUGUAAAAGCAGGCCUCAUGGCAACCAAAGCCAUUGCAUCUCUGAUUAUGUUGGCAGCCAAAAACAGCUGCAGCCCUGAGGAGCUCUAUUCAAAUGUUUGGACUUGGAACGCACCAAAGGAGUAUAAAGACACCAAAUCAAAACAAGAAUCUGUCCCUCCCUCAUCCAUGCAUACAAAGACCAAAGAGUCAACUAAAAACGCUGAUAUUCCUGACCAAAGAAAGGAGACAAAGAAAGUCAAGCCUGUCGUACCUAAAAUUCAAGUUGCCAGUGCCCCAACCAAAGAAAAAGGUCUGGUUCCCAUGACGCCAGUUAUGACAAAGUCCAAAUCCUCUCGUGGAGAGCUUGGCAUAUUUAGCUUCAACACCGUGGUCCCUACUUUGGCUUUCACACCUGUUCAGAAGGUGAAGUGUCCUGCUUCAGCACAGAAAGCAUCAAGGACUGCCUCUAAGCUUCAAUUUCACGUGUAUGAAGAGGUGUCGUCAUCAGAUCAAGACCAAAUCCAAACUGUGCCUGCAGCCCCUCGACGGACAAAGAAGUCACGCUUCAAGGUGGAAUUCAGUGAUGAAAGUGACUCGGAGACCUUCCAUCCCGAGCUGAAAGUCAUGGCAGAAGUGCCUAAAAAGCAAACUACUCGAAGAAAUUACCGUAACGUCAAAACGGCUGCAGAUCCACCUGCAGAGAAGACUCCGCUCAAGAGGCAAACCAGGGGGAAAAAGAAGACCUCGGCUUCUCGUGCUACCACUUCUGAGGAUGAUGAGACUUUGACCUGUCAGCCUGCAUCUACUAGAAGACUUAGAACCAGAAAACCUCAACCCAAGACUGAGGAAACACUGGAGGAGCCCGACACAAUGAGGACCAUCGUGGAGGAAACUAAUGAAGUCCUAAACAUAAGCACAGAACAGCUAAGAACAUCAGACACUGAAGCUGGAGAGAAUCCAGCUUCAUGUAAAGACAUCGACUUCGAGGUGCUAAGACGAGAUAUGUGCUGUGAUUUAGAAAGAGACGAGCUGUUUGAAAUGAGGAGCAAACGUCCUCAGACAGACGAUCUACAAACCCACAUUUCUCAUUCAGAGAGCAAGCCAGACGAUCUUUCACUGGAGGAUGUUCAGUCUCUGCUCCACUCAGCUCUGCUGACUCUUCAGCACUUCCCCUGUCCCACCAUCUAUCCGACCUUCUGUGCUCUUCUUGCCUUGACGACGGGACAGCGCGACCCCAUAAGUACAGCGAUGUUUCACGCAGAGUCUUUGGGAGUCACAAGUCGUCAUCACACAAUCCGACAUUUAAGCAGCGCUCUCCAAAAGCUGAAAAAGGCAUCCGGUGAUCUAGGAGACAAAAUGGAUGCUCUGAGUCUCAACGAGCUCAGCGGCACCUCUGCUGAACAGAGGUUGUCUCAGAUGGAGGACAUCUUUUCCUUCCCUACUGCAGACCCUUCCUCUUUCCCUGAGAUUCAGUCCCAAGAGUUUCUCCAACAAAUUCAACACCUUCCUCCAGGAGUGACCGUGUGUUUGAUGUCUGUGCUUGGAGUAAAACCGGGGAAGAUGGGGGAAAGUGUUUUACUGUCACGUCUUGAAAAGGAUUGUCCGCCCGUCACUGUUCAUAUCUCCACAGCGAGACAGCAGCACAACAUCAGAUGUUUGGUGCAGGAGAUGGAUAACAUCCUGGCAGAACAAAAGGUUGUGAGCUGCGUGGCCGAGAGGGCAAAGUGGUGGGAGGGUCGGCGAGCUCUUGACCUUCGAGUUCAGCAACUGCUGAAAGAAAUGGAGGAUUUACUUGGCUGCUGGAAGAGCCUCCUUUCCCCACUUUCAGCAGAUCCGGCGCUCUCCAGGCAGGCCCAGGAACUUUGUAUGGCCUUGUCUUCAAGAGGAGUGACGGUGGAUGAUCAGACGCUGAAAGUUGUGCUGUCUGCAUCUCGCAUGCUUUCUGAUGAAGAUCUCAAAAGAUUUGCAUUUGGUCUUUCUCCACUGUGGGACCUCGAGUGUGAUCAACUUCUCCAUGCAGCAGUUUCCAAGAUCUCUGAGAGGAAUGAGAAUCAGAGUCAUGUGGUUCUAAUUCUAGAUAAGUUCCUUCAAAAGCUGCCAUGGGAGAGCGUCUCUGUCCUGAAGUCCUGCUCUGUUAGUCGAAUGCCUUCUUUACAUUCACUGCUUGGUCUGAGCUUCCAGAAAGAGAUGGACUCUCAGUCCAUCCUGAGACAAGGUGUGAACGCGAGCAAAGUCUUCUACGUCCUGGAUCCUGAUGCCAAUUUAAAAAACGCUCAGGAUCGAUUCAAGGAGUGGUUUAGCAGUAGACCGGACUGGCAGGGUGUGUGUGGAGUUACUCCUGACCCGAGUCAGCUAGAAGAAGCUGUUGCAACCAAGGAUUUAUACAUUUAUGUGGGACACGGAGCUGGUGCCAGAUUCCUGAACAGCCAGUCAGUCCUCAAACAGCCGAUGAGAGCAGCUUCACUGCUUUUCGGCUGCAGCAGCGCAGCUCUGGCUGUGAGAGGAAAUCAGGAGGGACAAGGCAUCGUUCUCAAUUACCUCGUAGCUGGCUGUCCCUUCAUUUUGGGCAGUUUAUGGGAUGUAACGGAUCGAGAUAUCGAUCGCUUCACUAAAGCCCUGCUCGAGUCGUGGUUAUCAGCUGGGCCUGGGGCUCCUCUCCUCGACCACAUGGGUUCAUCACGUCAGGCCACGCACCUUAAAUACCUCAUCGGAGCAGCACCUAUUGUCUACGGCCUCCCAGUUCAUCUGCAGUAG